AUGGGCCUUAUGAUACGACCAAUUUUAUUGCCUUUCUUGAAUGACAUCGAAUAUCAAAAAGUUGUUUCUAGGAAGUCUUCUGCCUUACUGGAAUCUUUUAGCAUGGUGACAUGCUCCUUUGAGAUAGUUGCUGGAGAAAGCAUUCCUGAAUUUGUGGAAAAACCUUGUCAUAACUAAAAGUGUGUAGUGUCCGAUACCUGCACUGAUGCCAUCUACACAGUAUCCUUGAGCUUGACCAAAGAAUUGAAACCACUGAAAGUGACUGAAAGACAGACAGCAGUGUUUGAAAUCUGCCUGCCAAAGAAAGAGCCCAUAUUAUAUCCUGCGAAGCCAAAGCCUCCUGUUUUGAUUGCUGGUAUGUGCCGUUUUUUCUUGCCAACCCCUUCCCUUUUCCCAGGGGUUCCAGUUCAAUUCGUCAGCAAUCUCAAGAAUACCCAAGUGGAAAAGAAGGGAAAAGCCUGCCUGGAGUGUGUGCUGACUUCUGAAGACGUCACCCUGAAGGAGAUGUUAGAAGGAGAAGUGAUUGAAAGGUCUUCUCAGUGCAUCAUGAAGCAUUAAGGGACGAAAGCAGAGCUUAUCACUAAUGCUGCUGAGCUGAGUGACUUGGGAGAUUGCACAGCAGUCAUAGCUAUGCAAGGCAGUGACCCUAAUAAGCAGGACAGCAGUGCCAGUGUAACUGCGGAAGAUGAUGCCCUGCAAGCCCUGUCCUGGUGUGUGGACUUGGGUGGAGGUCACUCCAUUGGUUGCAUUUUGGCCAUGUGGCCCUGGGCUUUCCAGGCCUGUCCAUUUUCUUAUGAGGUCUUUCUGCUGUUAGAUACCUCCUUAGUGUUUGAAGUGGCUCAGUCAACAAUCAUUCUGCAGUUUUUCUGUUCACAUGCGUCCACUGGGAUUUCUUUCAAAGACAUUUGCAACUAUGAAGAGUAUGUGUGUGACGUUCAUGCUGGGGAUCCUGACAUGCUCUGUGUUGUCCUGAAUGACGUGAAGGUGGAAGGAAUAUGGCUCAGUGACAACAAACAAAUGAUGGACAUGAAGAGGAUCUGGAUAGUGAAGCAGGGAGCCAUCCAUAAACUCGUCCUUGACAGAAUGGGAGAGGAGCGUGAAGGGAAGUACACGUUCAGAGACGAGUGGAAUUCUCCAGUUACUGAAGAAUCUGUCCUCAAGCUUUUUGCUGCAUGCAGUGUUACUCUGAAGACUAAGCAUACAGGAAGUAUCAAGGUGCCUUGCAAGACAAAGCCAGUGCCCAAAGUCACAUCGUUCAAAGAUGAUACUGAGGUGACAAAGGAAGAGAAAGCGGUGAUGAAGAAAGCCAGUGACUGCGUUACAAUCAAAACCUGUGGGAGAGAAGACAGUGGAGCCAUUAUGCUGAAUCUGAAAAAUGGCUGUGGUGUGGCUUCUGGGAAUCCUUACCUCAACUUUGUUAUUAAGGGAAAGCAGAGUUCCUGUAACACAUGGGGAAAAUGUAAAAUGAGAUGGAAAGCACCCAAAGGCAAUGGAGGAAAGCAGGUGACUCACUUCGUCAUCAAGAGGAGCAUGGCUGGAAAAAAAUCGUGGCUCAAAGUAGGGGUGGUGGAUAGCAACUACACCACAUUUGCUACAGAGAAGGUAGAGGAACGGAAAGCCUGCUGAUUCAGAAUACGUGCCAUCAACUCGGAGGGCCUUAUCAAGCCCCUGGAAACAGAAGACAUUUUUUCUGGAGAACCUGUUAGCCAGUUGUUUUUAAUGUGUCAGCCUGAAGUUGUAGAUGUCAGGAAGGAAGAUGUCAGCAUCACCUGGAACUUCCCAGCCCAGAAUGGAGGCUCCCCAGUGCAAAGUUACAUCACAGAAAAAAGGAAGAAAGUCAGCAAUCUUUGUGCCCCAGUCACUAUGGAUCCAGUCCAAGGUACCAGAUUCAAAGUGAAUGAUUUACUGGAAGAUACAGAGGAGUUCUGUGUGAUAGCUGUGAACUGUGCAGGCCCUGGACUUCCCAGCAUGCCCUCAGCCUCCGUUGCAAAGGAUCCCAUCAAGCCUCCAGGACUGCUGAUGCUGGUGAAUUUUUCCAGCUCCAGCAUUUCCUUAGCCUGGCAGGAGCCAGACCAGUGAGAUGCGCUGUCAGGAUACAUACUAGAGGUGUAAGCUGAGGACACUGAGAAAUGGACAAAAUGCACCAAGAUCCCUAUCUCUAGUACCACUUACACCUGGGAGGCUUGCAGGAGAGACAAAUACUACUUCUGAACCCGAGCUGUGAAUGAAGCUGGUGUGGGAGAAGCAGAAGAGUUAUAGGAAAGAAUUCUAGCAAUGCCACCCCCCCACUCCCCCAGGUUUCAUCCAACUGUGAGGCUGAAGAGCCACAUGGUGAUUUGUGCUGGGACAGCAUCAUGCAUUCAUACAUCUUUUCCCUCUUUCAAGAUGAUCAGAAUAAUGACCUGUAGGAUAAGGUUUAUGUGGCAGGCCAAGCCAGCUCUGUGCACUGGCUGCAGUGACACAGGGGACGCUGAUGCUCUGGAUUCACAGGAGCAGCAGUACACCUCUAAAGACAGAGUCAUGGCAACAACUGCACCGAACAACUGCACCGUGAGCUGUACUUUCAUCAGUGACCCCCACCCAACAGUGACCCUGUAUAAGGGCAGUAUUAGCAUCACAUCCAAGUCUAAGUUGUGGUCCAACUCAACAAGUAGCAUCUGUCUGCUUAUGAUCCCUACAACUUAUGAUAAAAGCCUCCUGGACACAGUGACAGAAAGUUUGCAGAAGUCAAAACACAAGAUGUAA